AAAUCCUAUUACCCAGCAUCCUCUCUUUCUCUUCGCCAUCUUAACCGGCGCCAUGAAGUGAGUGCAAACAUGGCAGACAUUCCGAGAUUAAUGGCUUUCUUUAAUCCGCUGCCAUCCUGCCGCCCGAGGUGGCUCUGUGCCGCCAGGAUGCCGGGAUACGGUGGCCCGGGGUCUGCCGAUUCCUCACCGCUUUCUAUUUUGUGUUUACAGGGUCGAGCUGUGCAGCUUCAGCGGCUACAAGAUCUACCCGGGGCACGGCCGGCGCUACGCCAGGACCGACGGGAAGGUGAGCUUAGUGCGGGCUGGCUAGGCCGUGGGUAGGGUAUGGUGGGACAGAGAGCGCGCCUGGGCAGCCCCACACAGGGCUGUCGUGGAAGAGCUGUAUGGAGCCCGGGGCAGGGGGUUCAUUGAGCGGCUGUAAGGGAGGCCAGGCCCGAGUCAUGGCAGCUGACACACAUAUUGGUAGAGCUCUGUGUCACCAGGAUAUCACUGGAUGAUGUGUAUCGCUCUGAACACUGCACAGGGACACACACUAUGGACUAAGGCCUAGCAGCACUGUCAGCCCUGACCUGGGAAUCUACUGAGCCUGCUUUGUAUACACUGAAAGUGUGAAAGAAGAACAGAGUGAUUCAUUAUGUUACUUUGUAACUUGUUCGCUAAAACUUGUUUUCAGUGGUCACAUUUCCAAAUGUAGCACCUCAGAACUUGGCUACGUUUACCUGUAUGAAAUUUGGAGUAAAACUGACUGUGUUCUGCUAGGGGGGGAGGCUAUAAAAAAAAAAAAAAUUAAUCCAGCUAACUUGGGCACUUGCUUUUAGAAGUGGUCAUGGUGGUAGGAGUCUGUUUCUGCAUGAAAUGCUGUACAUACAGAUUAUGCUGCCCUCUGUUCUGGGCUGUCUAAUGUCAAUUAUGAGGGGGGGGGAAGUACAGUAGAGACUGUAGUUGACUUGUUGGCAACACAUUAAAUGAUGCUGGGCGAACUUCUCUUCUGCUUCCCAACUUUCAGUGUAAACACUUUUUUUAUACUUUGCUUGUUUGAGGACUUGGUGAAUAAUGCACUGCAGGGCAUUGUAAACAAAAAAAAAACUUGAUUCUGACUCAUUUAAGGGCAGCAGAAACAAUACAAAAAUGCUGCUGGGCUGACCCUAUAGAUUUACUAAAGGGAUACUCCAAGCACCAUAACCACUAUAGUGACCUGAAGUGGUCAUGGUUGCUAGAAAAUAAAUAUUUCUUGCUGUAUGUGUUACUUCCGACAGUGUCAUUAGCUAUCCUGGAACUCUCUUAGCAAACGUUUAAUCUGUACUUAUUUGGUGUCAAUUCUCAGCAUUUUGGUGAAACAUGGCUCCUCCUUGCUGCCCAAGUCUUCUCCUCAGGUUUGUUUCCCCAACGUUCUUGCCUGAGGAGGAAUGAUGAACAUGGGUACAGUGCUGGACCUAGGGGUGUAGUUAUUUAUUUAAACUUCCCCCUCGUGGGUGUUAAGUGUUGCAUCACCCCUCUUAAUUAAAAAAAAACAAAAAAAACUGUUAAAGGACCACUAUAGUGGUCCUUUAACAAACUUGUUUUCCUGGCAAUAUAUGGUCUUUAGGUCCCCCCUCACCGUCAGGGUCCCACUCCCGCUGGGCUGAAGGGGGAGGAAGGGGUUAAUCACUUACCUUUCUCCAGCGCCGUGCUCCCUCGGCUCUGGGGAAAUCUAUUUUCUUCCAACGUCAGCACUGCAUGUGCGGCAGGAGCCACGUGCGCAUUCAAUCAGUCCAUAGGAAAGCAUUUCUCAAUGCUUUCCUAUGGACGUCAGCGUCUUCUCACUGAUUUUUCACAUUGGGGUAGCGCCUCUAGAAGCUGUCAAUGAGACAGCCACUAGAGGCUGGAUUAACCCUAAUGUAACCAUAGCAGUUUCUCUGAAACUGCUAUGUUUACAGCUGCAGGGAUAGGCAACAUUCGGCACUCCAGAUGUUAUGGACUACAUCAACCAUAAUUCUUACACCCAUAAUACUGGCAAAGCUUCAUGGGAGGUGUAGUCCAAAACAUCUGGAGUGCCGAAGGUUGCCUAUGCCUGCCCUAGAUGGACCUGGCACCCAGACCACUUCAUUGAGCUGAAGUGGUCUGGGUGCUUAUAGUGGUCCGUUAAAGAACCACUAUAGGCACCCAGACCACUUCAGCUUAAUGAAGUGGUCUGGGUGCCAGGUCCAGCUAGGAUUAACCCUUUCUUCUAUAAACAUAGCAGUUUCAGAGAAGCUGCUAUGUUUACAAAUGGGUAAAUCCAGCCUCUAGUGGCUCUCAUUGACAGCCGCUAGAGGCGCUACCGCGCUUCUCACUGAUUUUCAGUGAGAAGACGCCAGCGUCCAUAGGAAAGCAUUGAGAAUGCUUUCCUAUGGACUGGCUGUGCGCGCGGCUCGUGCUGUGCAUUCAGCUGAUGACGAGGAGGAGAGUCCCCCACCUGGUGCUGGAAAGAGGUAAAUUUAACCCCUUCCACCCUCUAGAGCCUGAGGGUGGGGGGACCUAGAGACCCUAUAGAGUCAGGAAAACUAGUGUUUUUCUGGCACUAUAGUGGUCCUUUAAUGAUUAAUGAAAUCUGUUAAAUAUUAGGGAUAGACCGAUAUUGAGUUUUUUUUAUUUUAUAAUUAUUUAUUUUUGACUAUCUGAACUUUCAGGCCGAUAACUUGCCAAUACAGAUAUUCUGUUUAUCUACCCUUUUGAAAAAUAAACAAUUUCUACACACAUUUACUGUUAAAUGGCAUUUUUAUUUUUUUAACUUUUGUUUCAGUCCCCCCUCCCUAUUCCCUUGGGUGCCCGCAGCGGCACUGGCGGGCCCAGCACACUUACCUUCCCUUCAGCUCCCCUGUCUAACUCUCGCAGCCGGUGUGCUGCGCGGAGCGUUGCUAUGGUAACCUGCUGCAAUGCUUUGACGGCUACGGGACUCGCGAGAUUUAGACAGGGGAGCUGCUGGGAGGGUAAGUAAGAGUGUGAUUGGACCGCCAGGACCCUGAUGGCGGCUCUGGUCUGCAUUAUCAGCAAUAUUUGCCUCUUUAUCUGUAUCUUUGAUCUGUCGAUCUCUAUUAAAUAUAUAAUUUAACCUUCAAUUUAUAAAUUUAGGUUUUCCAGUUUCUGAAUGCAAAAUGCGAGUCCGCAUUUCUUUCAAAGAGGAACCCCCGUCAAAUCAACUGGACUGUUCUGUACAGAAGAAAACACAAGAAAGGCCAGUCUGUAAGUGGGGUUUUUUUUUUUUCCAGUGAUGGGUUUUUAGUAAUUCAGGAAAUAUUCUGAAGCAAAGUGGCUGCUUAAAUCAAAGGUUCUGUUGUGAUUGCUUUGAAUAAAGCACCAGAAUUGUUGUAAGCUUAUCCAAAAUAUAUUUGUUCUCUUGCCACUCUACUUUUUUAGACUACAUUCCAACAUACAGAUCUGUUUAAUCCCAGCUUUCUUAAAUACUGCAUUGUUUGUGUAUUUAUUAAUAUUUCAAUACUGAGGCCACCAUUAUCUUAUAUUUUGUUUUGACUUUUAUUGGUCACUAAUUCAGAAAGCAAAUUGAUCAUUCUUACUUUUCCGUCCCUACAGGAAGAAAUCCAGAAGAAACGUACCCGACGUGCAGUGAAAUUCCAGAGAGCCAUCACUGGAGCAUCUCUGGCUGAAAUUAUGGCCAAGAGAAACCAGAAGCCUGAGGUGCGAAAGGCUCAAAGGGAACAAGCAAUUAGGUGAGACUUUUUUUCUUUUAGAUAUCUUUAUUUUUUGUGUUAUGACUUUACCAAUAUAUUGCUGGUUGCCAAUGCUAGCAGUCUUUACAUACGGUGUUGAUAUGUACUACUUCUGCCACCAUGAAGUCAUACUAUUUAACGUCUAAUUUUUAUUUAUUUUUUUUUAUAAAAAAAGGCUACUCUUUAGCCAGUGUUUUGAUUACUUAAACUUUAGCUUGGUGUUACCCUUAUUAGAAGGCGAUAUGUCCUUAAUGAGACAUGCUGGAGUUUUACUUUAAGUGAAUAAUCCCACUAGAUCUUGGUACAAUUUAAGAGAGAAAUACUGUUAUCUCCAUGUUGAUAGUCUGUGUACAUAUAACCUCUUCAGUUUUCUAAAACGAAUCCUUAUGUUACUAAAUUGUCAACUUGGGUAUUAUGUACUGGGCUACCUUAUGAAAGUACUAAAGCAGUAGUUCUUGACCAUUGUAAAAUUAUGUGGAUGCAGGCACUGUAACAGACUAAAUGUUAGUGGGUGGUUUGUAUUGCACUGUGGAUGUUAAUGCCAUUACAGUAAACUUCUUGGGCAGUAGCAUAGGUGAGCUGAAUUUCUGUUCUAACAUUGGAAAUAGUAUGGGCACUUAGGUCCCAGUUUUCUUGUGAUUGUGGCAUGUGCUUUUAUGUGUAGAUAAAUGGCUCUGUAAUGGCACAAUCCAGUGACGGUCCUACUACUGAAAUACAAAACGCUUUUAUAUCUGGAAGUUUCUGUCUCCAGUGUAGUAAGCUAUGACUUGCAUUUCUAAAUCACAACCUUAUCAUGUGGUGGGGGUUAUAGGGGACUUGUCAUAACAGCAGGUUCAUAUUAAAUGGACCACUCCUUAAGUAAUAUUGUGAAGAGUUUUGUUCAUUUAAAACUGUAGCUAUUAAGUCUACUAGUGUUGCUAUGUCUGAAGCUUCGUUGGUGUUAAUGUUUGAAACACUGAUCUCAAAUAUUGUCAAUGUUCUAUUUGGAGACCUAUCCAAGCUGGGCAAAUCCUUCCCUAUGGCACACAUGUUGUCUUCACUGCCUGUUCAUCACUGCAUAAAUUGAGUUACAUUAGUCACUGUUUCUGUGCUCCUUGUCAGCACAAGAGCUGGCUAGGGAGUAACCACUGUGCAUGUGCUGUAGAUCCUGAUGAAUGAUGGGGCUUGUUUGUUAGUGCAAAAGUGUAUUGGUUAUUCUCUGCCCUAGCUUUUGGAUAUUGCUGGUUAAAGCAGAGCUCUCUAACAGUGAAGUGACCAAUUCUUAUUCCUUUAUACCAGUAAAUGCUAUAAUCAUGUUUACUGGGGAGAGCAACAUAGCUGUAAAACAUUCUUUCUUCUGCUGCUGCUCUGUUGGCUAGGUGAGAAGGCACACAACUGGAAAGGGAAAAUCAAAGUGUCACCAGUUGAGACACUAUUUCCAGGUAGCCCACAAAGUAAAACAGAUGCAAAUUGGCUAUAAUACCAGGCAGACUUAAUGGGAUAUCUGGUCAGUGUUUUGGCUCCCAAGAGCCAUAAUCACUUGUGGAUUUUUCACCACCUAUGCUGUGCAUAAUGUCUGUCCUUUUCCUGUGCUUUUGUAAGGAAAUAUAAAAUAGUGAAUUCGAUCAUUUUAGCUCAACCUAUAGCUAACUUCUAAAAGCAGGAGAGUACCUCUUUAAAAAAAAAAUUAAAAAAAUUAAAAAAAAAUUCCACUUUACCGGCAGCUUUUGUGCAAAAUAAAACCUCUUUACAUGGUUAAAGUAUCAGUACAGACAUUGUAUGACUUGGAGGAAAAAAAAAUAACCUUUUUUUUUUAUUAUUUCAAAUACCUUGUAUUUUUAAACCUCCUAUGAUUUUUUUUUUUUUUUUUCUUUUGUCCCUCUUAGGGCUGCCAAGGAAGCAAAAAAGGCAAAGCAGGCUACAAAGAAAACUGUCCCUUCAAAGGUAAGUUGUGUGGCUUUUUUUUUUUUUUUUUUCUCCUUCCAAACUUACACAUGUUGCUAUAGUCAACGUGGAUCUGUCACUUAAGUAUUUCAUAAGUAUAUAUUCUUUAUGAAAUACUGAUCAAGAUACCAUAAGAUAUAGUAUGGACAGCUUUCUUAUGAAAGCCUGAGCUUGACAAAAGGCAAAGCAUCACAAUUAACUAAUUCUAGCAGCUGUGGCUUUCAGCCUCUGUCUAUGGGAUGGUCUUGUUGGAUCCUCGGUAGACAUCACUGUUAUUUUGCGAGCGUGCAUCUCUCCUGGCAACUCAAGCAUCAGGAAACUAAGAGAACAGCAGAAUGAAGGUUUCAGCGACAAUGAGGGACAACCUAAAGUAAAAUGCUGCACCCUAUUGUCACCAGACCCAGAUCUGUCACUCUCAGGGGUCUCUGUGUAAAAUGCUAAGACUCCUGAAAGUGACAUCUGAUUUAAUAUAUAGAUGGAAAGCUUUUCAGCUGAAUGCACAAGUUUUCUUACGGAAACACAAUAAAACUGAAGAGCAACCAGCCAACUAUGAAUACAGCCUUUCUUAGUGGUGCAUAAUCAACUUAUCUAUAGAAUGUUAAGCUAUAUACAGAAUACAAUAAGUAGCACAAAAAUAACAGACGUACUUACAACUAUUCCUGAGACACUUAAAGUCCCACUGACUCAUGUUGUGACUUAACUAAUGUGAUGGCUUUUCUUUCAUAGGGACCAUCUAAGUCUGCACCCAAGCAGAAGAUUGCAAAGCCCGUAAAGAUGGCAGCACCCCGUGUUGGUGGAAAACGCUAAACUAUUUCAUCUGGAUGUUAUAAUAAAUAACUGUUUUGAAAAGAAGUGUUAUUGUGUCUGUUAAAUUGGAUUUCUAGGUUAGAAGUUUAUGUAGCUAUAAAAUGGCAUAUGUUUGACUCCGGCUUGUACUAUUUACCAUUGUUUG